AAAAUAAUCCGGUCUUUUUCGAUAAUGUGGCGCAUUUGCAACUGCACUCAGCUGCAUCAAAUUCUAGGUGGUUGCAAGCGCUGCCACCUACCGACAGAGAUCAAUCCCAGUUUGCGAAAUAGCGGUUAUCCAAGCCUUGCUGACUCUGCCAGCAAGAGUUCUGGCGGUCAGAAGCGAAUGGAGACAUUACCGGGUUUCCAAAGCAGCAUCGAUCAGUCCCGACAGAGAAGCUGCGAUUAUCAACUAAGACAAAGUAGUGCCUGCUGUGAAUCAUUCGGUGAGGGAAGAUUGGGAGCCUAUGCCACGAAAAGAAGAAAUUUGCCCCGCAAACGAAUACCCAUCAAAACAUCGUAUUGUGGAGGUUCAAGGAAGUUUAUUGAUCGCUUGAAGCAGAUGCUGUGUGAUCUAAAAGGUGCGACAAGUAAUAAACAGAGUGAGGAAUUCUACGAAUGCCAGGACUCGUCUUUAUCAGACAGUGACCACUUUGAGGUUUCCGACAACAUCACUAAAAAAGUCAUAGGACUAAAAGACGAGUUGAAAUCAUGGAAGACUGAAGAAAUGAAAUACAACACAGUACAGCGAUUUAGCGAAGAUAACUAUGAAAGAGAAAAGUGUAGACCUUGCUAUACUUUUAGCUCGACUUGUUUAAAGCACCCACACAAAAAAGUAAGGAGUCCGAUGAAGGACACUCAAAUUGGACAACGCUCCGCCAAUACUAUACGGCCCACAGAUUUUGAGCCUAGACAAAACACAGAUCUGUUUCCUGAAAGCACCGCAUGCUGUGAUUAUGAAACCAAACCUGAUCGGCUUCCUGGCAAAGACUUGUGCACUGAACUUGAAGCGAAACCAAAGUCGCAGAAACAAAAACCGAUCAAGAUAACUGAUGUUUGCUGUAAAGUAAAUUCAGUGGCAGUAAGAGAAGAUGCUUCCUUAAAAUACACUAUUAAGUAUCCCGAGGUUUCUUCACCAAUGAAUUGUAUUCAAGAGCCUGCGUCACAUUCUGAUUCUAAGUAUCUUAAGAUCAGAUCAAAGCCGCCAGACGAUACUACCCAAGCUCUACGGAAAGCUGCAACACAAUAUGAUAUAUCAUUCAGUCAAGCAAAAACUGCACAGAGAUUCAUGCCAAAUCCAAUGUAUCAUCGAACUGCCCCAACACUGCCUCCUCUCAACUCCACCAAACAUUUGAAAAGGCCCGUGAUAGAAUCUUAUAUUGCCGCAAAAAACUGUUGUACGAAAGAUAAUUUUCUAUUCAACAAAAUGAAGGCAAUUAAAUUCUAUGACGACACCUUACCCAAGUCGCAUCAAAAGACCAAUUUAGAGCAUGAAGCUCCACUGCCUCAGAGCUGUUGUCAAAAAUCGAAUGAUUCACCCAAUUUCAAAGAUCUGGCGCUUCCCAAAAACCAAGUGAACGACGAAGAGUUUAUAGCUGACACCAACAAGAUCCUUAAGAGCGUUAAGAAGCACCCGACCGAACUGUGGGGCUUGAAGCCGCCUAGCAAAAAAUUGGAAGAAGCUCUUAUGGAUUUGCGUCGGUGGGAAAAAUAUAUCGGCCAUAGUACUCCAAUGUACACACAGUUUUCCCCACGCAAAGAGAAGACGCUAGAUAGAUUAACUGAAUACACCAGCGAAAUGCAAAAGCGAAACGAUUUACGCAAUCAGCAAACAUAUUUGGGUCUACAACAUACCUCUGAGCAGAACAAUAAAAUGAGCAGAAGAGAGAAACCGACUGAAUGCAGAGACUUACCUCAGACUAAAAUAGAAACUGAAAUUAAAGUACGCAACUCUGACUGUGAACCGAAACAAGAAAAUAAAAUAAUCAUGGAUCCAUCCUAUCGCUCUGUGCAAUCCCACACAAAAGAAGAACUCUUGGAUGUGCCUCAACCGAAGAAGAAUCACAUCAUCGAUAUGACACGAAACGAGGAGAAUAAUUUAUUGCUGGGAAUGAACGAUGAGAAUAUGAAAACUUUCAGUACAGAAGCAAAUGAAUUACUAAAACACCAGCUUAAAUUGAAAGCAUUUAAGAAGGCGUGCAAAGCGAAUACCGUUCAAACCGAUAUCGAUUUCAUCAACUAUGAACUAUUAGAGAUCGAUAAUAUUAUCAAGCAAUGCGAAAUGUUAAAGAGUAGAUAUUCAGUGCGUCUUCAAACCAAAUGUGCACAAAAUUUACAACAGAAAUUCAAAAGGAAUAAUACUAACAUCCACACAGCCAGUUCGAUACUUCAGAGAAAGUGCAUGGAAGCCAUCGAAAAUCAGAAAGAAUCUAUCAAAAAGAAACAGUUGUUAAUCAAACAGGACAAAUUGAAAAUGCCGCAUAAUAAAAGCAAAAUGAAUGUCAAUGAAAGAAUAAAGAGUAAAUCCCAACAUGAAGGUGCAUUUAAAACAUUAUUCAAAGCAGCUAGAACAACAGUCGACAGAUUGGAUGAAAAAUGCAAAGAAACCGAGAUGAAUAACAAAAAAACAAAAAUAGCGGAAAAUUGCUGCGAAGCAGUUGUAUGGAAACGUUGCAAGGAGCCUCCACGCAAGAUUAAGGAAGAGAAAUUUUGUAAAAAGUGUCAAAUCGAUGAAUAUGUAAAAAAAUUUGUGGAAGCAGAAAGAAAUCGCCAAGAACUGAAUCUGAAGAAGACCCAAGAAGUAAAUAUAAAACGAGAGGCAGCAGAGAUUGAACGGAUGUACAAGAAAGCCAAGAAAAGCAAAAUAGAAAAGGAACUGAAAAAGAAGCUAACGAAAAAUGCGCCGCAGCCACAGUUAACGAGCAAGUGCCAACAAAAAGGCAAGAUCUCAGAUUCUGAUUCAGAUGAUAAUGGAUUAAAUAAAUAUACUGUAUCUCCCUGGCAUAGGCACAGCGAUGGCAUAUUUGUAACUCCUUCCAUUUUCCCAAGAGCCAGUCUGUUGGGUCCGCACUGCCCAAGAGGCAGAAUUGAAAUUGGUGGUUUACUAGAUGCUCUCGGUAUCCCAUUCGCCAAACGUCUUGAUAGUAAAUUCUAUUUAAAUGUUCUGCAAAAUCGGCUAGCUAUGGCCAAUAAUAACCAACAGCAUCAGUCUGUUGCAUCAACCGUCGAAAAUGAUUCGGAUGUAGAGGAUGUUAGAGAAACUCAAAAUGAGUCCACAAUUAUUAAGAGGAUGCGACAAUUCGCUGAGCUACCUUUACAGUUGAGACCGGGAUCUAGAAUUUUGCUACCCUUGCCCCACUCUAAGGGGGGCUACUUUAUUGAGGAAUGUCAAACGCAUUCUGCAGCAAAGUGGCUCCACUUUACAAUGGAUCAAGAUGAUGAUUCCGAUUCUUAAACUGAGCAACAAAUCCAAUAAAUUCCGUUGAAAUCUCAUAUCCAUUAGGUGUAUAUAACCAUUAACAGCACAGAUAUUGUAAACAUGUGUAGGAGUAAUAAGAUUGUAUUUGUUUUGAAUUCUAUGAAAUUUCAUAAAAUGUCUCUAUGUGCCUCUAAUAA